AUGGGGAGCAGCCAAGGCUGGAUAGCGACAGCCGCGCUGGCAUUUGGAUAUCUGAUCGCGAGCAUAAAUGCGCAAACAAACACUUUAACAGAUUUGGGCACACUGUUGUCGGGUGAGAAGAAUUUGACAACGUUUUAUGGCUUAAUUCAGAAAUACCCACAGAUCCUGUUACAAUUGCCCUCAUUCAACGGAGUAACUAUCCUCGCCCCAAAUAAUGAUGCCUUCAACAAAAUCCCCUACACUGAGCUCAACACCGCCUUCCAAAAUAAUGACCAAGCCACCAUUACGAACGUCCUCGAAUACCACAUCCUCCAGGGCUCACGAACUGCCGCUGAAUUAACACCUGGCGAGCCAGCAUUCAUUCCCACCUUAUUAGCAAACCCGGCGUGGACCAAUGUCACGGGGGGGCAGAAUGUGGAGAAUGUAAAGCAAGCCGGUGAUGUGGUGGUUUUUGAUCUGAAAUUCAACGGAGGCGUUGUUCAAGUCAUCGACUCCUUAUUAAUCCCUCCAUCCAAUCUCACAGAUACCACAAAUUCGUUCAAUCUAACAGCCUUCGAGGGCGCUCUAUACGCAACCAAAAAGAUUGAGAAUGUCACAGCCUCCAAAGACAUAACAAUCUUUGCGCCGCAAAACUCGGCAUUCCAAAACCUUGGCCCUGCGAUCUCCAACAUGACUAUCGAACAACUCUCUUCCGUACUUGACUACCAUAUCAUCGCCAGCGGUGUCAGCUUCUCAUCGAAUCUCAAAAACGGCACGAAACUGACCACCCGCCAAGGAGGAAACAUCACAGUUCUCCACUCAGGCAACAACGUAUACAUCAAUUCCGCCCAGCUCCUCACCUCGGAUAUCCUCCUCUCCAACGGCGUCCUCCACGUAAUCGGGAACGUUCUCAAUCCCGAGGGCCCUGGCGCACAGCCAAACCCACAAAUCGAGUCCCAGGCUCCAGUUUUCGCGUCCGCUACCCCAGUUGAAAACCUCCCUUUCACAAGCGCCAUUCCCUGCACCACUUCCUGUCCCGUUACCGAUGCCAGCAGUGGCACAGGAACAGCAACGAGCGGGGCUACAAAGCCCACCAGUGCGGGAGCAAAGAGCUCUGGUGUUCAUUCGAGCAGCAGUAAAGCCCUCGGGGCCGCCAUGGCUCGAGAGACUGGUUUUGGUACCGCGGGAUUAAUGGUCGCGUUGGGAGGAGCCGUUAUGAUGAUUUAA